GCAGAGCAGAAAUGUCAGCCAAACAGCCACGGCGUGAGGGUAUACAACGGCAAGAAGUGUGCCAGCACCACGAGGUAUAACGACGGGCACAGAGGAUCGUGUGGCUGCGGGCCUUCCAACAGUGACACUCCUUUCGACUGGAACAUGUCCAAACACGUGACCGCCCCUAACCAGAUGUACUACGACAAUGGCGGGAACAGCCAGUGGUGCGGCAAGAACUGCGGAAAAUGUGUCAAACUUACUCCUACUGGUGGAUUCGUUCCUGGCAACGGCAAAGCCCCCAAGCACAGAACCCCCGUAGUCUUCAUGGUGACCAACAGCUGUCCAAUCAACGAGAACAGAGUUUGGUGUGGCCAGAGCGGAAAGCCUGGAACAAACAAAGUCAACGACCACGGCUACGAGGCUCAUUUCGACCUGCAGAACAACAAAGGUCAAGUUCUCAACGGUCUGGGCUGGGACAACGCCGAGGUCACGUGGGAAGAAGUCAGUUGUCCUCAUGACUACGCCAGUCUCUGGAAUCAAUGCGAAUGCCACGGUCACCAUUGAAGUGUUUCGGCACGCACAGGGGAACC